CCUGGCACGGGGCGGCGACUGGGCGCCGGGAGCCGGGCUGAGUCCACACCCCGGGAGGGCAUGCGCCCCUCUGCGGGCGGCCUCAGCGUCGGGCCCCCAGCUUCCUGAGCUCCUCGAGUCGCCGGGUGACUCCACCCUGGAGACCCUCCGCCUCUGGGGCGCGUCCUUCUCCUCCCCCCUGCGUGGGAACCCUGGCGGCUUCUAACGCGCGAGCCACGCCUGGGACAAGUCGCGGCCACCUGCUCCGGACUCGGGAAGCCCGGCAGGGGCUCCAUGGAGCUUCGGGCCAGCAACUCCAGCUGCGAGAACGGCUCCUUCAUCAACCUCUACUGCUCUUCCCAUGAAGUCCUGUGCCAGAUCGUCAGCGGCCUCAGCCCCGAGGUACCCAGCAAUGCCACCGGGAGCAGCUGGCAGGAGAGGUUCAGGCAGAAAUACGGCUUUUACGUCGGCCUCGGCCUGGCCUUCCUGUCCAGCUUCCUGGUCGGCACCAGCGUCAUCCUCAAGAAGAAAGGCCUCCAGCGACUCGUGGCCACCGGGGCCACUCGGGCAGUGGACGGAGGCUUUGGCUACCUGAAAGACGCGAUGUGGUGGGCUGGAUUUCUCACCAUGGCUGCUGGGGAAGUUGCCAACUUCGGGGCCUACGCAUUUGCACCUGCAACAGUCGUCACACCUCUGGGAGCGCUCAGCGUCCUCAUAAGUGCCAUCCUGUCCUCCUACUUCCUGGGCGAGAGUCUGAACUUGCUGGGGAAGCUGGGCUGCGUGAUCUGCGUGGCAGGCAGCACAGUGAUGGUGAUACACGCCCCCGAGGAGGAGAAGGUCACCACCAUCAUGCAGAUGGCUUCCAAGAUGAAAGACACAGGCUUCAUCGUGUUCGCCGUGCUCCUGCUGGUGUCCUGCCUCAUUCUCAUCUUUGUCGUCGCCCCACGUUACGGGCAAAGGAACAUCCUCAUCUACAUCAUCAUCUGCUCCGUGAUCGGGGCCUUCUCCGUGUCUGCCGUCAAGGGUCUGGGCAUCACCAUCAAGAACUUCUUCCAGGGCUUGCCUGUUGUGCGGCACCCACUGCCCUACAUCCUCUCUCUCAUCCUGGCUCUCUCCCUAAGCACUCAGGUCAACUUCCUCAACAGGGCGCUGGAUAUUUUUAAUACCUCCCUGGUGUUCCCCAUCUACUACGUGUUCUUCACCACGGUGGUCGUCACCUCUUCCAUCAUCCUCUUCAAGGAAUGGAACAGCAUGUCAGCUGUGGACAUCAUGGGAACCCUUGCUGGCUUUGUCACCAUCAUCUUGGGCGUGUUCAUGCUUCAUGCUUUCAAAGACCUGGCCAUCAGCUGGGCCAACUUGCCCCACAUGCACAAAAACCCAACACCACCUACUCCCAGCCCAGAGCCCACUGUCAUUAGACUGGAAGACAAGAAUGUCCUUGUGGACAACAUAGAACUUUCCAGCACCCCAUCACCAGAAGAGAAGCCCAAAGUAUUUAUAAUCCAUUCGUAAAGCUUUGAAUACAGGAGCGACAGGAUGAGCCUGACGGUACAGCUUCACCUUUGUUCCGAAAGCACUUGGUUGGUUAUUUCCAGCACAAUGUUAGCAGUGGGCUCUCCCUGCUUGCGAUAUUCAUUUAUACCUCAGUGCUGUUUCCAGGAGGAACUUCCCUACGCAGAAUGCAGUGGGGGCAGAACUUCCUGGAGACACAGUUUCAGUGACCAAAUACCCUAGUUUACAGUGGUGUCAGCAGGUCCCCGGACCUCCCUUCCCACCGAUUCUCUCGGUGCCACCUCUGUGUUGUUGGGAAGAUGGCAGAAUUUGACCUGUUGAAUGUAGCACAGUCUAAGCACUUCCCUGAGAUACUGGUCAUCAGGAAAUCCUACUGACCAGUUUUCCUCCUGAGACCAACUUCCCAUUCCUUAGGCCAAGAAGGAAACAGAGCUGGCUCUCAGAGGCCCAGACACUAAUUUGCCCCAUCUUCCAGUUCAGAGAUUCCAGGGCCACAGCCAAUGUAAAAUGUGCUAUUGCUUUUGCCACUUCCUCUCUGGAGGCAGAAGCAAGACCUCAGCUGACCUUCCAACUGUGAAAGCCACCUGAUGCCGCAGAAAAGAGGUCCCAGCAGCCCGUUGCCGGAGCACUGCAGCCUCCAGACAGCACCUUGGGGGCCACUCCGUCCCACACGUCCCUCUCUGCGUGCAUCCUAAGGAGUCAGUCACCGAGAUGUGUAGGCGGGAGUCUUUGAAACUGCAACAGAACAACAACCAAAGGUGCCUCCCAGCCAAGCUCUGCUGCCCCAACCCAGCCUUUCACUUUGCCUUACACUGAAAAGGGAACAGCAGUUGCCCUGCUCGUAAAAGUCAUCUGCCUAUCGAGCUAGAAAUGGGAGGAACGUGCUUUCCUUUUCCUCGGCGAGUUACGCAAAAUAGGAUUUGGGGAGACGGAGAGAGUGUGCGGGACAAGGUCACAUGCUGAGGGUUUGGCAGAAAGUCGUGUGCUUUCUGGAAAGCAGAGCUAACUUCCAUGUUCACGCUGGUGCUCAACCAGGAACCCAGGUGCAAAGGGUUCUGGGCUCGUUUACAGGCUGCAGCCCUUCAGGCUUGGUCAAUGUGAGGAGUUUCGUGUCUCCAUGAUCAAGUGGAGGCACGGGGGUGGCCCAGGAGACAUUCUGGCUACUGACCAGAUUGCCACCAUGCCCCCAGCUCCAUGGAUGCCCUGCCCACACUGGGAAGCAGCAUACCAUGACUCCAGUGCCACCUGCCACAGGCACUACCUUUGGUCCCCUCACAGUUAGCCAGAAGUGGCCACAAAACAAGAGCAGCUGCAGAGGUGUAUAAUUGAUAUCCCUUCCUUUCUCAUCUCCAUUGCAGCUGCAUGAGUACAGGAGUUGGUACAAGGGUCAUCCAAAAGGGAAGUUAGGGAGCCAGGGUAUGGGAGAGGGGAGACUUGAUCCUCACUCCCAAGUUGGGGCAGAGCCUCCCCUGGGUAUCUCCCUACCUGCACCCUGUGUUUACAUCCCAUGCCCUGAGUGCAGUCAGCCCAGGCCCAACUCCAAUGGUCUUGGAACUCCAGAGGUUCCGCUGACCAACGCAUUGGCUUCCUCUACCCUCAGCCUCGGAGUUCUGGUUUUAAUGAAUGUGGAUUUCUGUCUGUAACUAAAAUCAAUGCAACAAGUUGGUUCUUGAAAACAGCAGCGGACCAAGGGCCCUGGAAGUACAAACUGCAGGGUCUAGAAUAAAUACUUGCUAUUUGUGUCUUCA